CUCCCUCUCUCUCUCUCUUCCCCCCUCACGCCGCCGAGGGAGCCGAGCCGUCGCCUCACACGUCCGUCCCGAGGGGAUCCCAAGCCGCCCGUCUGCCCGCCCGGGGCCACCUAGCCCGCCGGCUUCGCCUCCUUUAACCGCCGCCGUCAUGUCUCGGGGUCCCGAAGAGGUCAACAAACUGACUGAAAGCACCUAUAAGAAUGUUAUGGAACAAUUCAAUCCAGGGCUGCGGAAUUUAAUAAACCUGGGGAAAAACUAUGAAAAAGCUGUUAACAGUAUGGUCCUUGCUGGAAGAGCUUACUAUGAUGGUAUUGCAAAAAUAGGCGAUAUUGCCGUUGCAUCACCCGUGUCUAAAGAGUUGGGCCACGUCCUCAUUGAGAUUUCUAUCGCUCAAAAGAAACUCAACGACAAGCUAGAAGAAAACUUCAAGAAAUUCCAUAAAGAAAUUAUAUCGGAGCUGGAGAAGAAAACCGAAUUAGAUGUAAAAUAUAUGAAUGCUACUCUGAAGAGGUACCAAACCGAACACCGAAGCAAAUUAGAUUCUUUGGAAAAAUCUCAGGCCGAACUGAAAAAAAUCAGGCGGAAAAGCCAAGGGGGACGGAACGCCAUUAAAUACGAACACAGAGAAUCCGAGUAUUUGGAAACCGUAAGCUCCCGGCAGAGCGAUAUCCAAAGAUUUAUUGCGGAGGGUUGCAGAGAGGCCUUGCUUGAAGAGAAGAAAAGGUUUUGCUUCCUGGUGGACAAGCACUGCAAUUUUGCUCAACGCCUGUUCCAUUACCAUGUGGAGUGCUCAGAGAUACUUGCCACCAAGUUGCCAGCGUGGUUGGAAACCUGCAGCGAUGCCACCAAGGUUCCAGAGACCGUCAUGAAUAUGAUCGAUGAGAUCAAGUCAACCGGAUCCGUUUCGAUAUCGGGGACUCCCCUGCCUUCCCCAAUGAUAGAGAGGAACAACCUGGUUGGAAAUAAUUAUGAUUCCCUCCGAAGGCAUUCUCCUAAGGUGCCCCCAGCCCCUCCGGGGAGAGCUUACACCAGCCCUUUAGUUGAUAUGUUCAACAACCCACCUGUCAUACCAAAGACCUCUUCCGAGAAAUUAAGCAAUGCAACAGACGAUUCCAGUUUAUUGCGAUCUACCUCUGUGGCCACUGGACUGAACAUAAUGAAGCGUCAGAAAGUGAAGACUAUCUUCCCGCACACCGCUGGAAAUAACGAGACUCUCCUUAGUUUCGCCCAGGGCGACCUUAUCACGCUGCUCGUAUCAGAAGAAAGAGACGGCUGGCUGUACGGAGAACAUGAUGUCACCAAAGUGAAAGGCUGGUUCCCAUCCUCUUACACAACGCCCUUCGAAGGUCCAUCAGAAGAGACCGUGCGCAUUCCGGUGCCAAGCCCUGCGCCCAUCCGUAGUGUCAGCUCAGUCAACUUGACCAACAGAGAAAGCCCCAUUCUCCCCCCACCAGAUUAUGUCAUAUCUGGGCCAACCAAACCAGCUUCAGAACCAAAACUUGAAACUUCUAAAACUAUAGCAGCUCAAGGAGAAAGCGUAUCUCUUAAACCUACCAUGAACGGCAUUAUGAAGCCACCUUUCCUAAGUGGCGAGAAUCCCUUUGCAACCGUCAAACUCCGACCGACAGUCACAAACGACAGAUCGGCGCCAAUCCUUCGAUGAGGCGGCAUUGGA